AUGACAAACACAGAAAAGAAGAAGAAGGAUGAUCUAAUCCAGUUAGCUACAGCGUUGAACGUAUCACCUGCUGGGACUGUUGCAGAGAUAACGUCAAGGCUAAAAUUAUAUUCUGAAGCUGUCAAACACCAUUAUUUAACGCACACUGUCCGAAAUGACGAAAUUCAUUUCUGGGAUAGAGUAACGCAGCCAAGCUUUGAAGCUAUGUUUUGUGUAGACAGUGAUUUGAUUUAUGCAGCUGAAGUCAUUGAUAAAUCAAUCAUCUCCCUCCAAAUAGAAAAGGACGGUGUUGUUGUUAAAGGUAUGAACUUUCAGGCAAUUGUUCCUUACGGGCCCACCUGGAAGAAGGUAAACAGCAUGUGCCUUAAUAGCGGGAAUCUAUUCCUUUCACAUGGGCAAGGAAUAAGCACUGUCAAUCUGGAAACCUGUGAAUACAGAUUAGCCGUGGAGCUUACUAAUCAGCCCUGUGUUCUGACAAGUUUUGGCGAAGACGUCCUGUACACAAACCAAACGAAGGCGUCUGUAUGGCAACUAAGUGAUAACGGCAAUCACCUACGUUUGUUUGAAGGCUCUGACGAAGAAGAAGGGAGUACUGAUGGCCCGGUCAAAGAGUGUCGCUUCAAGCAACCGGUAGGCAUCUGCUCUGAGUUCGGAAGUGUGGUUUAUGUUUGUGACGCUCAGACGAACUCCAUCAAACUCUGUACCAAACUACAAGAACGCGCACACUUUCUCAAAGCAAUUGGCUGUCUCUACGAAGCCUUUUCCGUGCACGACAGAGGUGCUCAUUUCUCGGUCAAGUCUUCAGGAGAAGCCAUUGGUCUUGUGGGGCAGUGCAGACAGAUGCUUGACGAGAACACCCGUGGCAUUCAAAAGUUGACUGGCAUCCACACCACACUUAAUGGACCGCAGGGGCAUGUGUCUGCCACGACAGUGGCAUCAGUUGCCAUGAUAGACAGGUCUACAGAGAUUGCAUGCUAACCUGAAACAAUUUAAGUAUGACCACACAAACCUAUUAAGCUGCAUGACGCUUGAUGUCGAGAACUGCCACGCUGCUGUAUAUGUAAAGCAGGCAAACUUAUCCCAGGCAGAGUACUGCAAGUCAUUCGGAACUACUAUGAAAGAGACGGUAAAACGCGUAACCAACUGGGCAGCGUACUAUCACACGAGCAGGCGAUCAUGGUACCCCACUCCAGAGAGAGCCUUGUUGCUGUCCCAGGUUCCUGUGAUGAAUCCUCUUCCUAUCGUCAACAUGUGUCAAGUAGACUGUGAUUCACUUAGGGACUGGGCCGCCUCCUAUGGAGCUGCCGUAAGACAGCGAACUGUACGCCAAGAGACCACUAUGGCAAGACACGGUACACUCCCUGAGUUUAUGUACCAGAGACAAUGUGAAAUCUUUGAGAACCCUGUCUCCAUUGCGUUUGACGUGCAGUCUGAUGAUACUUCAGACGAUGCCGCAGUAAACCAGUUGGAGGAAGAGGAGGGGGACAAUUUUGAUGAAAGCAGCGAUGAAGAAGUUGAAGAAGAUUCCACGUUGCUCCAAGGGGAAAUUGGAAGUUCGGCGACAUUCUUAAUAGGUGCAAGAACUCGGUACGGAAGAGCUGUACGUUUUAACAAUCGUCUUCUCCACUGA